UGUAAGCCUUUAUUCCCCAGGAUGGCUCCCUGCAUCGCCGAAGCAACAUCAGCAGAGACGUUUUUACGCGGUACCACCCUGCUCGAAAGGCACCCGGAGCAUCCUGGUAGCUCCCUCUUCAGCCGUGGCUAUUCACCCGACCGCGAGCGUGCACGCCUGUCAAUUUCAUUUGUGCUUCGGACCGCAAACAGCACGAGCUGCACCCUGAGAACAGCCUCAGAUGGAGGAUAGGUGAAGUCAACCGGUUUCGCUGGGAACAGGUAAAGAAGUGUCCUACAUAAAUUGUGGAUUUCGUGGUGAGCUGCGUUCACGGUAUCUCUGUGAAGUUGUCUCGAACCGCGUUAAAAUAUAUAGCUUGUAACUCACUCAUUCAUCUACUCCAAAGAAGUUGGAAAUAAUCUGUCGGAGAUCUGACACACUCAUUUUUAUGGACUAAUGAAGCCGUUGUGAGUUUUUAUUUUUCGAGACAAGGGAUUAUGCCAGGGAAAAGUGUUUUGCAGUAACUGGGAUGAGGUUUUUGGCGAUGUACAUCCAGCUCUGAUAGUAUCUGAAACGGAACAAUUAUCGGACUGUUUUAGGAGAAUUGAUUUCAAGUUGAUAUCUGGCAGUGGAGACUUUCCAUAUAUUAAUAAUCCUUUUUACAUUCAUACAGAUUCUCCGGGUGCAACUUAAGGCAGAACACCAACAGAUACAUGUCUCAGAUGGUGCAGACGCUGAAUACGUCUGCAUAUUUUUUCACGCAUGAACACAGUUUAAAAUAACCCAGAUUUUAGCGUUCCUCAACUCCGCAACUGUCCUUUUCAAACGCUGGCUUUUAACCCUGCGAUAUUAUUUACAUAUAUAAUUAUCGACGGUUACUUAGCUGUAGCUGGACGUUUCACUCGACUAUGUAAUUGUGUUAUUUGACGUUGUAUGUUAUUUUCUUUCACGUAUCAGUGAUACGUUGUCUCGUUCGCAGAGUUAGAACCAAAAAACAACUUUUGGGCCCACAUCAAGCAUUCUGCGUAGACACCGGCUCUAACAUUUUUGUAUGCAUGACUGAAACAAUGGCAUUGAGUGGAAAUUGUAGGACUUACCCGCCGACCAAAGAGCAAGGUUCCGUCCAGAAUUCGUUCCCUGACGUUAUAGAACUAAAUGUAGGGGGGCAAGUUUAUUACACACGCCACGCGACCCUAAUUAGCACACCAAAUUCCCUGCUGGGCAGAAUAUUCUCACCCAAAAAAGACGCCACCAAUGACCUGGCACGGGACCCCAAGGGACGAUACUUUAUCGACAGAGAUGGGUUUUUGUUUCGCUAUGUAUUGGACUACCUCCGUGACAAACAGGUCGUCCUGCCUGACCACUUCCCGGAGAAAGGGAGGCUAAAAAAAGAAGCGGAAUACUUCCAGCUGCCGGAGUUGGUCAAAAUUUUAUCCCCGGAUGACUUCAAGCAAAGUCCGGACGACUAUUACCACAGUGAUUUUGACGACGCUUCUCAAGGCAGCGACCAGAGGAUGUGUCCGCCGUCGUCGUUAGUGCCAGCUAACAGGAAGUAUGGGUUCAUCACUGUCGGGUACAGGGGAUCGUGCACCAUGGGCAGAGAAAGUCAAACUGACGCCAAGUUCAGAAGGGUCCCGAGAAUAUUGAUUUGCGGGAGGAUUGCACUGGCCAAAGAGGUUUUCGGGGAAACCUUGAACGAGAGCCGAGAUCCGGACAGGACACCGGAGAGGUACACGUCCCGGUUCUACCUCAAGUUCAAGCACCUGGAGAGAGCUUUUGACAUGCUGUCAGAAUGUGGAUUCCAGAUGGUUGCCUGUAACUCGUCGGUCACUGCAUCUUUCGUCAAUCAAUACACAGAGGACAAAGUCUGGUCCAGCUACACAGAAUAUGUCUUCUACCGUGGACCUUCCAGGUGGUCGUCGCCGCACUGCGACUGCUGCUGCACGAAUCACAAGGGGGACCGCGAAGCGGUGAGCGGGAACUCCUUCAGCGAGCUCUCCACCUCCAGCUCCGAGAGCCAGUCGGAGACCAGCUCGCCGCAGGGCACGGUGAUCUGCGGCCCCGUGAGCCGGCAGCCCAACAUACAGACUCUGGACCGGCCGCUGAAGAAAGGGCCGGUGCAGAUGCUGCAGCAGUCCGAGCAGCGGAGGAAGAGCGACCUGCUGCGCACCCUGACCGCCGGCUCCCGCGACACCAGCACCUGCAAGAAGAGGCCCGGCAAGGAGAAGCUGACCAUCGAGGAGGAGCUGGAGAAGUGCAUACAGGACUUCCGCAAGAUCAAAAUCCCCGACCACUUCCCCGAGAGGAAGUACAUGUGGCAGUCAGACCUGCUGCGGAAGUACCGCCUCUGAGAAGCAGCGGUGAUGGAGCGAAGGCAAAAAAAUAUAUAUAAAUAAAGUUUUAAAAAUUCAAGGAAAAUCAAAAGCAUAAACACUUGUAGGUUUGACUGUAGGUAUCUUCUGUGUUCCACUCUCUU